UCUUAGCCGCCACCCACAGUGACGAUUUACGAAAGAAGCAUAGUUGGCUUCGUUCACUUUCUUUUCCUCGCGGCGUCAUGUCAAACUCAAGCUCCCCACCGGAUUCUUCGUUCAUGCCUAGGCGAGAAUUUAUCCGUGAACAAAGGCACACUCCAAACACCUUUUCGUUGCUUGCUAUUGCCAGUUCCAACUGUAUUAGACUCUAUUCCUUUCCUCUACCAGUCAUUUCACAUCUUCAUCGCUUCUUCGACCAGCGUUCGCUCGUUUCUGCUUUUCGUGAAGAUGUCUCCCAUGGACUCUACGAAUUCGCACUUGAGGGCAAGCCAUGGACGAAUGCAAAAAGCGCAGCUACCGAGAGGCUCUUGAUGGAAAUUCUGAGCAUAAUAUAUCAGCAUGGCUAUUCUUUUCUAUCUAGCAUUGAUUAUGGCCGUGAAACUGACGACCGUCUGGCUAUGGCCUUCUCCAAACCAUCUGCUAACCCAUCCUUUCGCUCUGAUUCACCCUUGCCUGAAGGUUCAAAGAUCUCUCACUCGGACAAGUUCAAGCUCAAAGUUCCUUUUGCCUUGUCCUUUCCCUCUACUACUAUUCUCCGUGUUAUUUGCCCUCCACUGGACACCACGCCAGCUAUUCUUCAGGCCGUACGUGGCUCGUGGCCUCGCGGCGUCGUUUCAGAAAGGAAAAUUGGUGACCACUCAUUCGAGUUCAAAUUAAAGGGUUACAGAUGGUUUCAAGAAGAUACUUUUGCAUCCGAUUCUCUCCAGCAUAUCCUUUCCCUUUUGUCGUCGCUUGAUGCCCAUUCUUUCACCCUUCUCACUUCUUUGUCCCUAACAAAUCGUUCACGAGUCAAAGAUCUCUGGAUAUUCACUGGGCUUUCUCCUCCAUCCGAUGAUAUGAUUUCAGAUUCACCAGUUCCGUCGAUAUUGAACUCCUCCCAGUCGGAAGUCAAGCGUGCAUUUCAGAGUCCUGAGUCUCUCCCUCAUCAUGCCUCCUCCCUUCAUCACCGGAAACUCGCUACAGAUCCUAGCGCUAUUCCACUAUCACCCUCACCUCUACAUCCUCGCGCCGUCACGGAAGGUCCAUAUCGCCUACAUGGGGGUUUACCGCUAAAUCAUCUACCUUCUACAUCAGUGGGCUCCGCGCCAUCUCACACUCUUCGCAAACCAGCACCUCGAGCUCAAGUACCUGUGUCCGUUCAUGACGAUGCCGAGGGCGAAGGAUAUCGCGCGAAUCUUCCCAGUACGGUGCCUUCCAGUGUCGAGAAUAUGACCGGUGCCGGUGCAUUGAAAGCACCUGCUGUUUUUUACUCUACGCCGCCAUUUCAGGCUGAAAUGAACCCUCAGCCCUCUCCCCCAGCAUCAGGAUAUCCUACUAGCCCUACAAUAUCCGACCCCGUUUUGCGAUCCAGCACACCACCACUCGUCUCGGCUCGUGCUCAGACAGGAGAUUUGUCGGCCCGUAUGGAAGCCCAAGCAGACGCCGUUGUCAAGUCAAAUUCCUCUAGUGCGGCUGGAACAUCCCCGCUCUUGAGCCCUGGGGUGUUUCGAGAUUCAGCAUUCUCGUCUAACACAGAUAUUAGUGCCGAAGUUCCCAUUAAAUGGACUGGAAUAGCAGAUGCAAAGGCGGCCGAAACAGAAGCUCGGCCCUCUGCUUCUCCUAAAUUUCCAGGUGGCUGGCAGACAACUCCGAUAGAAGAAAAGGACGAGGUGGCCAGCACAACCUCUCAAGUCACGCCGGAGAAUGGCGUACCGCAGGAACAGCCUAUCCAGGAUGUUCCGCAUCGGAUUGCGUCGCCCGUCCUCAGUGAACCUGACGAGGAAUUGCGCAAAAGUGAAGCAGGCAUGGUUGGAUGCAUAUCACCGCCUGUGACUGCUAAAGGCAAGGAGAAGGACAACAAGUCGGGUAAACAGGGAUGGGUCUUGGUCAGUGUAGAAGGUGGCUCUGCAUCCUCGCCGAUUGCGGCCGCUCAGGCUGAUAGACAAUUGGACGAGACUGGUUCGCAGGGGCUUCGGCAUCCCGCACAACAGGGUAGCAACGACGCUGAUAUGACGUUACCUACCUCAGGAAAAGCGACGUCUGCAGCAGCCAAAGCUAUUGUUAUCAUUGAUGCCGUGGAAACAAAGCACAAACACAAAACAACAUUCGGCAAAGGGGAUAUGGUGUCAGAGUCUCCGUCGAGAAUAAAAAGAUUCUUCUCCUUGUCCAGAAAAGACAGUGUUCGUGUUUUUGCUCCCUCUUCGUAUUCUGUGGGCUGACGAGGAUUCAGAAGAGGGCUGCUGAUCACGCUGUUGAAGAAGAGAAAAAAGGCAAGGAAAAUGCCGCCAAGAGGGCAGGCUUAAAUAAACGAA